AUUUUGUGUAUGUGUACAACUAAGUUUGUAACUCUAGCAUUUCUCUAAUUCCGGAACACUGUCUUCUUAAAAAUACAUGAGGGGUUCACUGUGCCAAUCCGGAUCCACGGUAUCCAUAUUCUCUUAGACAGGUUCACGAAACUAUCGCGUUUCUCAAUCUCUCCCAUCCACGGAGGUUGCAGCCAUGGCUUCACACGUCUUGCCGACGACCCGAGUGAUGCUUCCAUUACCCAAGCCACUACGUCGGGCAUCAUUGAGUUCAUCUCACGCUCCCAAAGUUUCUCUGUCUACCAGCUUUCUCUCCCCCUUCGCCGGCGGCAAUUUACGUUCCGAUUUUUCGGGUCAUAAGAUAGUAAGACCGGAUUACCUUAACCCGACUUCUGACAGCUCCCGCCCUAAACGCGGCGUUGUCACUAUGGUUAUUCCUUUCUCAGAGGGAAGUGCUUCUGACCAACCUCCUCCAGAUUUAGCGUCUUACUUUUUUGAGAAUCGAAUUGUUUAUUUGGGCAUGACUCUGGUUCCUUCCGUGACUGAAUUAAUAGUAGCAGAAUUUCUAUACCUUCAGCAUGAAGAUGCAGACAAACCAAUUUUCCUUUAUAUUAAUUCCACUGGGACAACUAAGGGUGAUCAGAAGUUUGGAUACGAAACAGAGGCUUUUGCAAUAUAUGAUGCCAUGGGGUUUGUCAAGCCACCCAUUUUCACCCUAUGUGUAGGCAAUGCUUGGGGGGAAGCUGCAUUACUUCUGGCUGCUGGGGCGAAUGGAAACCGUGCUGCAUUGCCUUCAUCUACAAUCAUGAUCAGACAGCCUAUUGGUCAGUUUCAGGGCCAAGCAUCAGAUGUCAACAUUAUGAGGAAAGAAAUAAAGUCCGUGAAGGAGGAGUUGAUGAAACUCUACUCCAGACACACAGGGAAAUCAACAGAGCAGAUUGAAGAGGACAUAAGACGUCCUAAAUAUUUCAGUCCAAGUGAUGCAGUUGAGUAUGGAAUCAUUGAUAAGGUUCUUUACAAUGAGAGGAGCAGAGGAGAUAGAGGUGUUAUGAAUGACCUGAAGAAGGCACGUCUUGUCUAAAAACUGAAAUUUCUCAUGAGCUAUAUAUACACAUAUGUAGUGAAUAUUGAGGUCAAAUAUCUCUUUUGGUCAUCCAUCAGGAAGGCUAUUUGAUGAUUGUAUCAGGCUUUACCUUUGUCAAAGCUCACUAUAUUCUGCUUGAUUUUUCCCCAUUUGUAACUUUCAUUUUGGUAUAAUACACCACCAAGCCUCCCAGUUGACUUUACCUUUGUCAAUAAUUUUGUGGUUUAAUUUCAUGCACCUUUGUGGUAGUUUUUUGAAACAUAAUCCCAUCUUUGAUUGCAUUGUUUUGAUGCCGCCUUUUUUUAAC